AUGGAAGCUUUCUUAAAUAAUUAUGCUUGUGGUAACUUUGAUCCUACAAGUAUUCCUAAAAAGCCUAAAAGAUUAUCAUGUGUAAGGUCAAUAAUUGAUGACAAUGGUAGCAUCGAUUUGAAUUUGAUUUCACCAUCACCAUCAUCUGAUGGUAAUGGCGAUGGUCCAAACAACUACAACUACUGCAAUAAUUUUUUUCUUAACCUUAACGGCAAUAGUACUUGUAAAAAUUCUAAAAAUGAUAAAAAAAAUAAUCUGAAUAAUAGUUCAAAAUUAUUCGAUGCAGAUAAUUCUCAUCAUAAAGACGCUAAUGACGACACCUAUAAUAUUUAUCUGCCUCCUCCCAUGCCACCAAAUGAAACUGAACGUAUGAGAGCUUUAUGGAGAUUGCAAAUAUUAAACACUUCAAGUGAUGUGAAUUUUACUCGUUUAGUAGGUCUAGUAAAAGAACAUUUUAAAGUCCCAAUUUCAUUAAUAUCUCUGGUAAAUGAGUCAAAUCAAUGGUUCAAAGCUAAAGAAGGUUUGGGAGAUGAUGGAACACCAAGAGAAGUCAGUUUUUGCGGUCAUGCUAUAUUGCAAGAAGGUGACGAACCAUUUGUCGUUCCAGAUGCUUUACUAGACUGGAGAUUCAAAAAUAAUCCUUUGGUAGUAGAUGCUCCACACAUAAGAUUUUAUGCUGGUGCUCCUUUAAGAACAAAUGAUGGCUAUAAUAUCGGUACCGUUUGUGUUAUAGACACUAAACCAUGUUACACUUUUAACGAAAAAGAUUGUGAAACUUUGAGGGAUUUUGCUAAAGUUGUAAUGAGAGAAUUGGAAUUAUGGGCUGAUAGAUUAAGAUUAAGGGUUAGAAAUAAGAUGCAAGAAAGUAUUGCUCGAUUUGGUAAAUAUUGUUUGGAAAUUCAAUUGGCCCACAAAGAAAGUUCUAAUAAUAUCAUCGAACAUGAUGAACAAGGUGAUCCAAUCAUGAAACAUUGUUUUCAAAAAGCUGUUAAAUUAAUCAAAGAUACCUUGGAGGUUGAUGCGCUCUACUUGCUAGAAAUGCCUUCUAUGUCUUCAAAACCUAUCAACACUUCAACAGACAAUCAUCAUUCUCCCUCUUCCUCAAACGAAUUCAUCUCCCCCAAUCUUUUUAAUAAUUCAUCUUCUCCUCAGUCAUCACUUUUUAAAAAUUUAAAAUUCCUUGCUGCCGAAGGUCUCCCUAUCAUUUCUGGCGACGACGAUUCUCUCAACACUCCAAUGACCGUUUCUUUCCUAACCCGCUUAAUGGAAACUCAUCCACAAGGUUACACCUUUCAAAAUGGUUUGCCAUCUAUACCAUCUCUAUUCCCAAAUAAUAUGCAUUCCGGUAUCGUGGUGCCAAUCUACGACAAUGCCAAGAUUGCUUUUGGCUUUUUAGUUUGUCUCACAAAAGAUGCUUUCAGGCAAUUUGAAGAUGAGGAACGUGUCUAUUUGGGUAACUUUGGUGUAAAUAUUGUUAGCGAAGUGUUGAAAAGACGUGUUAUUGUUGCUGAUAGAGCCAAAAGCACUUUUAUCAGUUCAGUUUCUCACGAGUUAAGAACCCCAUUACAUGGUAUUUUGGCAAGUUGUGAGUUGAUGAUGGAGGAGAGUAAGUUGAAAGAUUCACAGCUUGAAUUAUUAAAAACUAUUCAAGGUUGUGGCACAAGUUUGAUUUCUAUCAUUAAUAGUGUAUUGGAUUAUGCAAAAUUGGAAAGCGAGCAAUAUCGCCAUAGAUCUUUAUCAAUAUCAUCUUCUGUACAAAAACAAGAGAGAAUUGAUUUGGUUAAAGUAUUGGAAGAAGUGACUGAAGCCUGUGUUGUUGGUCAACAUAUGGUAUCUGCUGUUUAUGCAAGAAGAAGAAGAGUUAGUGAAUUGUUACAUCAUUCUACUCAUAAACAGGAUCGUAAUGAAAGUCAUGAAACUGUUGAAGUUAUAUUGGAUGUUGAUACAAACGAAAAAGGUUGGGUGGUUAUGGGUGAAGAUGGUCCUAUCAGACAAAUAAAUUCACUUAAAUUCACUCAAGAAGGUUACGUUCAUCUAUCAUUAACAAGUGUACGAUCAUGCUCUAAUACAAAUUGUAACGAUACAUCAUGUUUUCAUUCAUAUGAUGAGAACGAUAACAAUAGUAAUACCCAAAGUGACAAAGAUGAUGAUAAAUUACAUGUUUUAUUCACAAUAACCGAUACGGGUAAAGGUAUAUCACCUCAUUUUCUAACCACCAAAUUAUUUCAACCAUUUUCACAAGAAGACUCGUUAAAAGCUGGUACGGGUUUAGGACUGUGUAUAGUGAAAUUAUUAGUGGAAAAAAUGGGCGGUAAAUUAGAUGUCGAGAGUGAAUUAUCGGUUGGAACUAGAAUUAAAAUUUGGUUAAAUUUUAAUCAAGUACAUUAUAGUAGGAACGAAUCUAUGAACGUCAACACCAUACCAAUUAUCACUACCACCACCAGUAUUCCAACAUCUACUAAUCUUAGAAAAGAAGGGACAAAGUUUGAACAUGAAACUAUUUUAAACGAACUUAAAGAAAAGAAUGUUAUAGUCAAGUGCGUAAAAGGAAAAUUUAAAAAAUCAAUUGGUCGUUUUUUUAAGAAUUGGCUUAAGGUUGAAAAUGUUGUUUACAACGAAGAAGAUGAUAAAACAAGCAAUCCAAUAUUUUUCAUUACGUCAUUGGCUAGACAUAGUAAAAUUAGUGAUAUAAUUGAAUCAAUCCAAAAUGAAAUUGAACGAAAAAAUUCUGCAAUAUUGAAAAAUCAAAGCCAAAAUUUAGGGCGAAACCGUAAAAGAAGAAAAAUUGUUGUUGUGUCAACACCAUGUGGUCCACGAAAAUUAAUAUCAGUCAUAAUAUCAUGUUACAAGAAAUUAAAAGAAGAGAAUAGUAAUAGCCUUCUUCUAAAUAAACAAAUAAUGACAUCUCCUCAAUUUAUUAUGACACCACCACCACUAGAAAAUGAAGGUAAUGGUGGUCACGGUCAUUCCAACCAAUUAUUAGAGAAAUUGAUUAUUGAUCCUCCAUUAAGUGCUAUUCCCAUUGCUGCUAGUAUUCGUUCCAUCACGCUACCACUUCUGCCACUUUCUACUUCUCCGCCUCUACCAAAAUUCCUACCAGUCCUACCACCACACAAUAAUCAAUUAAAUUCACAUACUACUACUACUACCACCUUUGUGUACGAAUCCGAUCAAGAUAGUAGCAGCAGUGCUAGUGGAAGUGUAAUUGAUGAUGGCAUUUUACAAUCAAAUAAAGUAUUAGAAGUAAUAGCAGAAAAUCAACCACCACCAACUCCUCGUUCUCCAAUAGUACUUAUCGUAGAAGACAAUGCUGUCAAUAGGAUGAUUUUAGCUACAUUUUUGAAAAAACGCUGUAUUGAAUAUGAGGAAGCGGAGAAUGGAGAGAUUGGAGUUGAAAAAUUCCGCAAUAGGUUAGAGGAGGAAGAUGAUUGCAAAAAAGAAGAAAGCGGAUGUAUUAGUUAUGGAAUUAAGAAAAAGAGUUUUGAUAUUGUAUUAAUGGAUAUACAAAUGCCAGUAAUGAACGGUAAUGUAGCAACGGCAAAAAUACGUCUAGCAAGCGAAGAAGAUAAAGAGCUGGCGUAUGAGAGUGGUGUAGAUGGAUUUCUGACUAAACCGGUUAGUCUGAAAAUGUUGGAACAAAUUUUUAAGAAAUGGUCUGAAAGUAGCAUUAGUAAUAAUGGUAGUGGUUACGGCAGUAGUAAUUUUGAUUCAAAUCCGUAG